AUGGAAGGCAGGCUCUGUUUUGACACAGAGACUGGGGGAGAGGACGAUGGGAAAUGGGAAGAGCUGGCAGCCGAGAUUCAUGCACCUCCAGAGAAGGAAGCGGACGCACUAGGGCCGGGCUUCCUGAUCCAGCAAGACGCGAACAAGUUAUGCCACACUCCCGCCGCCACAGACGGAGCUGGUAUCCCUGAAACCAAUUACAGGUCGAGGCUAGUUUCACUCGUGGCCGCUACAAGGUGCUCCUGGGUACCAGUGGAGGCCCAGGCGCUGCGCAUCUUACAGCCCCAAGGAGCCGCCCACCCUUCCCAGAGCGUCCGCGAUGCCAAGCUGACAGCCCUAUGCGGAGCCCUGUCUGAACCAGUGGUUCGCGCCCAAGAAACCGCGCAACAAGAAGACGGGUGCGCAGCGUCCUUGAGGGCGCCGCCCAUCCCCUUCCAGAAUCCCGGCCCGUCCUGCCUGCCGCUGUGGGGUCCUUGGAGCCCCCAGGUCCAUGCCCCUGUCCUGGAGCCUGGAGGGGCUCCCUCGGCUUGCCCCAUCCCUCCAGUCCUGAAGAGCAGCACCACCCGGUCCUCACAUCACCUUCCCUGUGGGCGUCACCCCGCCUGCCGCCCCUCUCCGAAUGCAGCUGAUGGCCUGAGGGCCACGGGGCCAUUCCAGAAUCACAUCCCGCCCAAGACCAGUGGCAUCCUUUCAGUGGCACCGACUUUCCUUAGACUGAGGCCGCUGUGUCAGGGGCACUCCCCAGCCUCCACGAGCUCGGCGCUGCAGUUCCGCACCCUUCUCGCCUCCCUUCGCCCUGGCCCACCUCUGGGUGCGCCCACCCGCCCUCAGCACCUUCCAGCCCGCGGACCCACCCACCCUUGGACCCAGAAGGCACGGUUCCGCAGCUGGAUCAGACGCUGUCGCAAUCCGUGUGCUGACCUCCUGCUUCCCCGCUUCCUCGCGGUUCCACUCCAUCCCUGUCGGCAGAAAUACCGACCCCGGCGCUGCAGCGGGCGCCGCCUCCUGCGGGGUCUUUCUGGCAGUUCAGCCAAAACCCGGGACUGAACUUUGCCUCUCCGCGGGGCUCUGGCGCCCUCUGCUGGCGUCGUGGAGAAUCGCAUGCAGCUUCUCCAGCAGCCUGAGUCAAGAUGGUCCCCACCGGAGGUAGUUUGAAUUCACGUCCUCCAGCAGACUCAGGUGUUUUACAAAAGCUUUUCUCCCACUACCUGGCUGGAGGAGGUGUCACUAGGGGGCGGAUCCUGGGGUUCAGUCCUAAGGCGUUAUUGGGGGUAG